AUGGUGGCUGCGCUCACAAACGAGUGCAGCGUGUACAAGGAGCGCAAGAGCCGCCGGUGGUUUGUUUGCCAGGAGGACAAUGAAUCCCCUCUCAUCUGCAAAACCUGCAAUGCAACAGAUGCAAAGAGAAAAUCAGAGCCCCCGCCCCCUCUGAUGUGUACGAUCGUCCAAAAGGGUGGCAAAACGAUUGGGUACGCGCGUCCCAACCCUGAAGCAACAAUCAAGAGGUCUGCAGCAAUCUUUAGGGCUUCACAAGACGAGGCGCAGGGUGUGAUUGAGACCACAAGCAUCUCACCAACCGCUGAGAACCUUGGCAAGACAUCAGUCAAGCUCAAGGACUCGGCCCCGGAAGAAAAUGCAUCGGCGCCUGAGAAAGUGGCCGCAUUGGGUGGGCAGCAAGAGGGAAGCGCGGUGCCAAUGGACUUGCCCUCGUCAGCCGGGCAGGAAAGCGAGCAGCACAGAGGAGAAGAAGCGGGAGCAGUUCAGAGGGGAGGGGUUCUCGCUCCAGCCGGCGUGCAAGAGUGGGACUUGCGCACUGCGGCAAUGAGCAGCAUGACAUUAGAUGGAGAGCACUUUGGUGCAAAGCAUGCGAAAAGAAAGACGGCGGUGGAAGCAGAGGUGGAAGUCGAGGCGCCAGAGAAGAAGCGAUCGCUUCGGGAGAUUCACAAGCGCUCCGCAAAGCGAGGGCCUGAUCCCACCCCAGACAGUGCCCUUGCAGCAGAACACUCGGAGGAAGAAUGUGAUGUGGACAUUGAGGGGGCCGCUGACGCUGUGGGGCAGCAGUGCGUUGGGUGCGGGGUGACGGAGUCGAGGAGGUGGUAUGGGGGCGGGAACACGUGCAGCAAGUGUUACAACCGCGAGUACGAAAGGAACAGGAGGGCGCGGAGCGGGGGCAAUUCAGCGGAGGGGAGCGUGCCGCACAACGAGGGGCCAACAGUCGCAGCACUGGAGCCUUCCCCAAAUCAGGGUUUGCAGAAGGAGACAGAAAGCAGUGAACCCACUGGAGACUUGAAGCGGAAACGAGGGAGGCCGCCAGUGGGUGCGCCCAAGUCCUCAGGCAAGAAGGAGGUGGCGGCAGAAGCGUACGAACCUGGGCGGUGCGCUGACUGCGGAACACGCCGGAAGACACCCCAAUGGCAUGCGGGCGCAGGGGGAGCGAAGACGCAGUGCCAAAAGUGCCACGACCAGGGACCCGGGGGGGUUUCGAAAGAGGAUGGGCCUUCACCAAACGCAGCCGGGGGUAAAAUACCGUCGCCAGAGAUGAAGGCUGCCCCGGAAAAGGUUCCUGGGGAGGGGAUCCCCCUGACUGGCGCGCUUGUGAGUCGGCGGGUUGAAGUCUGGUGCCCUAUUGACAACAGAUUCAAUGCGGGCCGAGUUGUGCGCUUCACCAACUACAACAAAUGGCACCAGGUGCGGUACGACGAUGGAACCAAGGAGGUCCUGAAUCUCGCAAAAGAGCGGUGGAAGCUUCUCCCACGAAAUCACGAGAACGGAGAUGAGAAACAAAGGACGAGCGAAAAGAAGGGGCCAGAACAAGACGAGGGGCCGGAAGAAAAGGGGGCUUCAGGAGAAGUGGCGAUGCGGGGAGGCGAUGCUGACGGGGAAGACUCUGGAGUGGACAGCAGCCUGCCCAUUAGCAACUGGGCAAAACACGCAAUUGGGACCUCCAAGCUGAACGCGAAGCGCAAGAAGGCACAACGGAAAGAAGCCGCUGCCGAUGCGCCAGGCAAAAGCGGCCGCCGUGAAGUGGGGGGUCCGGCAACGCGCUUUGGAUCUGGGGGCGUGAACGCAAAAGAGGGAGGGGCAGGGGGGGUGCUUGCGGCUGAGAGUGGGCCCCCCUGUUUCGGGAAAGCUCCGGCGAUGUUGGGGGAGGUCUUGGAGCUGGUGUUCGAAAAGGAGCGGCGGGAGGGCGCUGCAAACGAGCUGGAGGGCGGGCCUGAAGGGCUGAGAAAGCCAUCGGGAGGGGGGCUGCAAAUGAGCGGCGACAAAACGGCCAGGAGCGGAGCCGGAGAAUGGGCAAGCGGUGCGGCUGUGGGUGCAGGCCAAGGGGACACGGUACCAGAGGACGCGUCUCACGAGCAAGAUCCAUCUCGAGGCUUGGCCAGCGGACGCGUCGCACCUACUAUCCCGCCCUCUGAGCUUCCCGACCGGAAAGUCGCUGACGGACCCCUUCCUCAGGAUGCGGGGCGUGGGCGCAGCUCAGAAGUGGUCGAGGAGAAGCCUGGAGUUACAGCAGACACACCAACCGCAGCGGCUGGAGGCGACGGUCCCCCUUCGACCAAUGCGGUGGACGAUUCACUCAAGGCCCAACCCAAGCCCUCGGACGUGAAAGACCUGCAGUCGGAUGGACUGCGGACGGCAACAGCAGAACCGAAGGGUGCGCGGGCGGAUGAGACGCAGAUUGAAGACCUGCGAAGUGAAGAAGCGGAGCUCGACGAACGGCAGAAGGGAGGAGUGGCUGAGGGGCCACGUGGCAGCAGCAGGAAGCGGUGCGCGUCGUGCGGGGUGACCAAGUCGAGGCGGUGGUACGGCGCGUCAGCAGGCACGCGCAAGUGCAGCAAGUGCUAUGACAGAGAUCACGGGUCGAAGAACAAAGCGCGGAAGGGGAGCGGUGGGGAGAAGAAGAAUGUGCCUGGCGAUGAGGAAGGCGGGUCUGGAGGGCUCACGAAGAGUCGUAAGCGCCAGCGUAAAGACGGUCUCACCGCUGGGGAGGCGAAGACGGCGGGCGCUGCUGUUGGUGGCGCGGAAGUACAGCCUGGAGGCGUCACUAAGAAGGGGCGGAAAGCCGGAAUAACGGACGGGGUGAAAAGAGAGGAGGAGGAAGAGACGGAAGGCGCUGCUGAGGAGGAAGAGGUGGUGACGAAGGGCGGAGCUAAAAGAGGGAGGAGGGAGAAGUCACGAGACGGUGUGAGAGGAGAGACGGCCGAAGGGGCUCAAGGCGCCAUUGACGGGGGUGCAAAGGCGGAUGCGGACAUCAAGGUUCCGAAGGCAGGAAACAAGAUUCGAUCAGGGAAGGGCACGGACCUGGGGGAGGAACAGGGAACGGAGGGCGCUGCAAAACGUGGGGAGGCGGUAGAGGUGGCAGGCACGUUCCAGGGGCAAAUGAGUUCGAAAAAAGGCAGCGAUGCAGAGGGGGGGAGUGCGCCCGUGUUAGGGACUGAGCCGGGGGAUCCCCCUGCAGGACAGGGCCUGCAAGGCUUCGUUGGCAAAGUGUCGGAGGGUUUGUUUGAAGCGGGGAAAGAACGUGUGGCAAAGGCGGAUUGGGGCGAACGGCGGGAAGGUGCAGACAAUGGGGCAAGCGAUGCAGGGACGGGGACAGAUGGGCACGCGGCCGACGCUGACAGGGAAGGCGUGGUGAAGGGGAUGGCAGGGGUUUCUCGCAAGGAGAGCUUCUACAAAGGAUUGGAGUCAGCGCAUGGUUCGCCUGUCCUUUCUCCCCCAAUCAAAGCUACCAACCGGCAUUCUACUGCGGGAACAAAUUCAACCCCAAGCACGGAAGCAGCAGCGCCCAAAGAAGAUCUCCGAUCGGCUCAACCCGGCAGCAAAGCGCUGGCAGAGAAUGAGCCCGGGGAUAGCGACCCGUUGGCACGUGAGAAGAAGCGGAGCAGCACGGAGAAGCCUUCCGGACAGCCUAGCGCGGAAGAAGCAGGCGGAGCCAUCAGAGAGGGUGAGGGAAAGCUGGUCGCCCGGAAGAAGGCACUGGGACUGGCGGCCAAGUCGACAGAGGUAGCAGGGAAGGGCGACCCGGCAGGUGGUGUCUCGGUAAAAGCAGCGGGAGUGGAGAGUGCUCGCACUGAGGAAGAGAGCGCCAGCGCGGCAUUGAGGGGCGGCACCGUCAAGCCAGUGGGGAAGGGCGCUGGCCUGGACGUUGGGAAGGGUUCUGAUGUCAACGCGGGGUUGGAUGCUGACGGAACGAAGGAGGGGAGAGCCGACGGUUUAAAUGAGGGAGAAGGGGACGUUGCAUCGGACCAGAGCGCUGACACCCCAACGAAGAAAGAUCUCCUGGCUGCAAUUGAGCGGGAGCUGCAGGAGAGGGAGCGUGUGGUCGAGGCGAGCACCUUGCUCGGGGGUUCCCCCGCCGAGAAGCCGCCGAAGCACAGCUCAAUGCCCCAGCCGGCGGUCCUGCACCUGGAGAAUGAAACUGCUAGCCUCAUUUCUGGGGGCCCGGAUGUUCCUCCCAGGGCUGCUGACGUUGCUGCCGGGGCUGCUGACGCCACUGGGCGUUCCGGCGCUGACCAUUCGGAGGAGCGGGUCCCUGCCGCAAAUGGAACGGCGAUGACCUCGCCCAUCGCACAGCCGGAGCUGGGGUCAAAGGAGCGGACUGAUGUGGGGCAGAGGGGCGAAGGUCUGGAGAGCGGGGCUGCUGACGUCACAGCGGAGGGAUGUGCUGACGGCACACAGGGGGAUAACGGGCCGGACAGGAAGGAGGACAAUAACGGAGGGGAGCAAGGGCACAACUCUGGAGAGAACGGUGCGCAAGGACAACAAAUACGGGGUUCGCAAGAUCUCAGGGAAACGAGCGGAGGCGAAGCACCACGACCGACCAUUCAGGGCGACCAGGCUGGGCCUUCGCAGCAGGCAGCAAGAGACAAGCUUUCCGAGCCGGAAAGCGGAGGACCGUCCGAAGAGCGCGCCGGCGGUGUGUCGUCAGCCUCUCCCGGGGUUCUGCAGGAGCGCCCAGGAACAAUCCCCGAGCCCUGGGCUGAAAUCGUCGGCGCUCUGAGGGGGCUGAUCCGCGUGACCGAGGACAGUGGCCGGGUGGUCGCGGCGCGGUUGGACACGCUUCUCGAAGCGCUCGAGCCGGCGCAAGGGGGUGGAACGAGGCAGGGGGCCCAAACAACCAGGGCCGCAGCUUUUGAGGCCGGGGCGCCGAGCACUGGGCCUUCCCUCGGGGAAGCCACGCCUCCCGAAAGUCCUGGACAGGUCCCCGAGGCUGCCGCCCGGGGAGGUGAAGUCAGCAAAGGCCGGUCAGAGGAGUCGGGAUGGGGGCAAUGCAGCGCCCGGAAAGUCCUGAGGAUGGUAGCUGGUAGUCAACUGGACCAGGCGAGUGCAGAAUUUGAGUUGUUGUGA